GGGCAUUGUGGGAGGCAGCCAUGGUCUGAGGCGGCCGCCUCACCUGUCAGCCGCGCGGGCUCCUGCGCUCGGCUCCGGCCCUCGGCGUCCACGGCGUUCGCUCGUCACAGGGCGGGGACGGCGGCGGCCUGGCCACCAUGAUACAUUUCAUAUUGCUCUUCAGUCGACAAGGGAAAUUACGGCUGCAGAAAUGGUAUACCACUCUCCCCGACAAGGAGCGGAAAAAGAUCACGCGGGAAAUUGUCCAAAUCAUUCUCUCUCGUGGUCACAGGACAAGCAGUUUUAUUGACUGGAAGGAACUAAAACUGGUCUAUAAAAGGUACGCUAGUUUAUAUUUUUGCUGUGCAGUAGAAAAUCAAGACAAUGAGCUGUUGACACUAGAGAUUGUGCAUCGUUAUGUGGAGUUGCUGGACAAAUAUUUUGGAAAUGUCUGUGAGCUGGACAUUAUUUUUAAUUUUGAAAAGGCUUAUUUCAUCCUUGAUGAGUUUAUAAUAGGUGGAGAAAUUCAGGAAACAUCCAAGAAAACUGCUGUCAAAGCCAUUGAAGACUCUGAUAUGUUACAAGAGGACUCUGAGAGAUCACACACUCCACCCUGCUGACCUUUGCCCUCCAAAAUAAAGAUGUGACCAGCCCCAGUACCAUGGAAGAAUACAUGAACAAACCAGCAUUUUGACUGUGUUGAUACUUGAAGAUUCCGAGUGCUACAUGUUGGGAACUUUGUGAAGAAAUAAUGCCUUGCAUCCAUCUUUUUGAUAAAGCCUCUGGCGCUAUGCCAAAAAUAACUUGAAGGGAUUCUUGUUAACUAGCAAAAUUUAAAGUUGUUUUCAUAACAUAUUUAUAAUUACUACAUGUCUGUAUUAUAUUGUACAUGAACUUACUGUCGCUCUGAAUGCUUAACCACUGCACAGAUUGAAUAUUUGUUUGCACCCUUUUAACUCCAUGUGCUGUUUUUUUCAGCUAAUUUUGAUAAAAGAGUUGCAAUCUACUGGCUGCAUUUCAUCCUCAGCUGACAGGCUGCAAGUUACAUUGUACUAAUCCAUGGUUUUGAAUGUAAAAUUCAUCUCAUCACUAGUAUCUUUCUAAAUGUUCAGUUUUUAAAAUUGUAUAUUAAUUCAAAUUUAUGUUAAUAGUUCACAGCUCAUACAUGUUAGACAUUUUAAUACACUCAAUAAUACCCUGAUUCCAGUCCAGACACAAUGUAUCUGUGUUUAAUGUCCUGAAUUGACUUACUUUUUUUUUUUUUUCAGGAUUGGAAUUAAGGAAAAUAACCAAAGAUGGUAUAGAAUUUAGUGUUUCUGAGCUAUUAGUACUGCCAUAUAGGCUGAGGUUUAAUUGUACCUUUUCAUUGAUUAUAAAGGACAUUUCAAUAAGGUUACAUUUUUUCUACAAACUACAUAUUUAUUAAUGUUUCAAGAGAUACAGUGCCUUUGACAACCUUUAUUGUAUAAAACAAUGUAAUAAGGAUUUAUAACAUAGCAAUAAUUAUUAUUGUUACUGCUGUUUUAAAAAUCCCUAGGCGAUCUUAGUUGCUUGAAAGAUUUUCUUGCAAAUAUACUGUAAUGUAUGUGUAGUAUGUUUGAAGACUUAUUAGGUUUUUUCAAGCAUUGAAUAUUCUUGCCGCUUGUGUAGUAGGUGACUUGCUUUUUUUUUUUUUUUUUUGUUACAUGACUCCCGACUGCCUGUCCUAAGAAAAUAUUUGCUACUGACAAUUAUUGUUGUGAAUAUGUCAUCUUUGUGCUUCCUGGAAUGAAAAUUCUAUGUUAAGUAGGUACUGAAUGUGUUCAGACAUAUCAUGGAGAAAUUGCUGUGAUACUCUGUCUGUGUGCCUGUUUUCAUUGUUAAUGUUAAUGUCUGGUAUCAUUCAUACUGGAGUGAUUAGGGACCCUCUGGCAUCCUCUGGCACUUUUUUAAAGAGAAGAGUGUGCUGGCUGUUAAAUUCUAUGGGAGGUCCUGUAUGUAGACCUGUAGGAAAUGUGAUGGAAAAAGUUUUAUUUCAGCAGACAUGUAGGGAAAAAUGGCAGUAUAAGAACAGAGAGGAAAAUCAACCAAUUCCUCAAUGUAAACAUUAUUCAAAGGAAGGAAUUCAGAUUAGCAUAUGAAAUAAUCAUUGGGCUUUUACCAUGUACUUUUCCCUCAAAUUAAUGAUGUAAUUACAAUCAUGGCAUCAGACUGAAGGUUAUCAUUUUUGAUUACUUUAGCUUUGUGGUUUGACUUUUUUUUUUUUUUUUUGAGAUGGUAGACCUCUUUAUUUUUCAAGACAGGUUGGUAAAGAUAGACUUCGUGUAAACCCACUGCAUGCUUUCUGAUUCUUUUCAUAUUUUCACAUUUUGGGUGAAAGUAUUUCUUGAACCUCAUUCAAAUGUACUACCCAGGGUGAAUAAUUUCAUAUUAGACACUGCCUAACUAUGCACAGGGAUUCUCAGAAUUUUUUAUGUCAGUGUCAUACAUAGGAAACAGUCACAUCUGUGUGGCUCACUGGGGUAAAUUCAAGGGAAUUGGGAGACAAGGAUAGAGACCGUGGUGAAAAUAAUCACUUUUAUAUUGUAUAAUUGUAAUAAAACUACAAAGCAAAAACAAAGAUUAAUAAAUAAUGAAUUUGUAUAAAACUUCCAAAUG